AACAAUAUACAAGCGCAAACGUUUGUAGAAAAAAAACAAAACAACCCCGAUAACUAAGAGUGCGUAUUUUAUUGGCCACCGUGUUUUGUAUUUGGCCCCAGUGUUUGGAGAGAUGUUGUAAAGGGAAUGAUUAUCAUGGUACUAAAAAUGGAGUUAUUUUGAGAAUAAUUUAAUCUACAGAGCAGAGCCAUGGAGGUCCUGCGUGAUGCAGAGGGGGAGAGUGUCAAAUACAAGCCCGGCGGGCGCUUGGACAUGAGCCACGGCUUCCUGAAGCACAUCAGGAGGAAUCAGAUCGCCAGGGAUGAUUAUGACAGAGAGGUAAAACAGGCUAAGGAGAAACAGAAGCACAGGCACGCCAACACCCCUCGGCGUCCACGAAGACCCGACCGUCAGGUGUACCACCCACGCCACCAGAAUGGAUCUGAACCCGGUGUGAAUGCAGAGGACUGGAAUGAGAGCAGCUCUGGCACAGAGCAGGAAAACACUGGCACAGAGCUAUUCUGGCUCGAUUAUCAAGCUGACAACGGGCAAAUAACAUCAUUCAUUGUUCACAAGCCCUUUGUUGCCCCCAUGCCAACGUUUUUGAGACCUGUAGCAGGAGGACAAGCCAGAAGUUAUUGUGCAACGCGUGGCAGAAAAGAACGUUCUGGACUCAGCCAUGAGGGCGGCGCUGUUGGCACGUGUGGGACAAGAAAUGGACAAACGCUGUGGAGAUAAAUAAAGUAAAUUACAGAGCAAGUUACUGAGACACCACUGAGCCAGAAAUGAAACUGAACUGCAUUUCUGUAUGAUGGCACCAAGCAUGCAGCAUUCACAGAUGUCUUGGAGAUUCCAUGUAUCAUAAUAUGUGAAGGUGCAGCUCUUGUAAGAGAGUGGACUCGAACCUCAAGAGAAAUGACACUGUUAAGCAUGAAAUCAAACUUGUUUGAUCUAAAAUAGGAUGUAUUUUGGUAAUAUACAGAAAACAGGACCUGAAUUUUUCUUUCAACUGGAAAUUGAAAUCCUCGUCACUCCUCACUUCACAAUUGAGAAAGAUGUUGGGCAAAUGUUGUGCAGCUUGGCCAUGGCGCUUUUUACAACGGAGGUGACUUGCUGGCACUCGUAUUUUGAUGGGAUUUUAUAACUGCAAGAUGUACAUUGCUUCCAGAUAAGAGUGCUUUUAUAUACGGUUUAGGCUAAAUCUAAAAUCUAAACCAAACAUCGAAUGCCUCCAGUCUGUUUAGUAUAAGGGAAGGUUUGAAGGAGUCAUCUUAUUGUUGUGAUGUAGAUGCUAGUGGAAAUAGCUGAGGAAGUUCAAGCUAAGUUUAAAGAAUACUAAUAAGGUCCUCAUUGCUCUGAUAUGGAUAUCCAUGCAUUUGGAUAUCUGCCUUUUCCCUUUAUGUUCAUGUUCAUAAAUAUUUAUAUUGAUAUACUGAUAUAAAUAUAAUCUUUUCCUCUUUUGGUGCUCAUGAUGUUGUGCAAACAAAAAAGGACCGAUAUGUGUCUUUUUUCUCUUUCUGUCUUUUUUCAGCUCUUCAUUGUACAGGUAGAUUUUUAUUUUUGUAAAUGUAUUCCAACUGUACUUUUGUGGUAUUGUUUAGACUACAGUAUGAAUGCUGAUUUCAGGAUGAAUUUUUCAUUCUGCCAUACAGACAGAUGAUGGCAGUGUGCACUAUGUUUACAUUGUGCAAAAAUACAUUUUUCUUUAACUGC